AUGAUGACAGAGGAAGAAGGAUCUUUUGCCCGGGAUCUUCCCGACUCAUCAGCAGCAUCAGGCGAUUCCGUUACUCGGGUCAGCUCUGGGAGAACAAUCCUCCUCCUCCUCGGUGCCCCCCGUGCGUCCACCCUUCGAAAUCUACCGUUGAUAGACUUCGACAACGACGACAACAACAAAGAGGACCUCCCCGCUUUCUGGGGCCAAACCAGCGGCAAUGUGGAUCAUGUGACAUCAACCUCCCUGCCAAUUCCCUCCGCUACGGAACAUCCCGCGGUUUGGCGAAUACUACCACUGAAGCGAAAAUACCUACAUACCGGGUUUUCACAGCGUCCGGAGGUCCACACCCCUGCUUAUCUACGUCGAGAAGAGCUCAGACAGGACUACAACUCUUCUAUUGACCCCUCUUCGACUACUUCCACGGACAUUGGAGACGACGAUCUUAAUCGCUCAUUCGCGGUUCAUAAUAUGCCCUCUUCCCCAGUCGCCGGCCCGUCAGAUCUCGAAGCCUCCUUUACUAGUACCGCCGCUGCCUCAUCUUUCUCGUCAAUCACAGAAACUCCAGCUCCACCUCCAAUGCUCUCAAUUAUACCUUCUAUGGCAUUGACCAAUUUGCAGAACCUCCCAACUGCGAGCUACCUUAAGUCUAUUGUCCCUCAAACAAUGAGUAUUUCAGCAAUUGUCGGGAUUAUACAAAUCUCCGAGCCACGCACAUUUACCAUGAAACGUUACGGCACGCAACUAACCAUACAGACCCUCUUGGUGGGCGAUGAAACGUCUGCUGGCUUCAAGUUGGACCUAUGGCUACCCAACGGGAAGCUUACAUCCGCCGGUGAAGCCUUUGUAGCCACUGUCGAUUCACUGCGUGUUGGAGACAUCAUACUCGUUCAGAACAUGGCACUUGGCUUUUGGGACAACCGAGUCAAUGGGGCAACAUUGCGUAAAGAUCGCACUCGGAUCGAGUUGAUAUAUAGAGUCAAUUACUCUGGUUCAAGGGAAAGACAGCAGUGGAGAGCCGUAGAUCUAGAACGUGUAUCAGAAGAUAGAAGCGGCGUUGAAAAGGUCAAGAGGGUUCUGGAGUACGUAAGAAACUUUGUUGGGAGUGCUAGGCCGACAAAAAAGAUAAAAAAGAAAUCUCGUGAGGUGUAUGAAGAGGAGGAAGACACUUAA